AUGGCCGAUCGCCAUGUCGAGCCGCAUGACGAAGAUCUCUCUGGCAUAGGAGCUCAAUUCGAGGGAGCUGGACGAGGCAGAUACAACGAUCUGCUGCAUGAGGGUUCGAGACGACAAGAGUAUAUUCGGAAGUUCAUGGAAGGUCUGCGUGAGGAUACGUUGCUGCUGCCAAUGCAGCGCUUCUUUACGAAAAGACGGGGCGUGGAGUCCAGAGAAAUUGGCAAAAAAAUGAAAGCAGAAGUCAUCACGACCAUGUUACAAUUCCCGUGUCCAAUGAACCCAGUGCUGGCGUCAAAUACAACUGCAGCGUUCGUUCCUACCCCGAAGCAGCAGCAAAACAAAUAUGAAAGACUGGUUACAUCGGCUAAUCUGAAUACGUGA